CGAUAUUUUUGCUUCAGAUCUAUAGACUGACAUCAUUCCCGCACACAAAACACCAAAAUAAAGAGAAAUCGUGCGAAAAUGGAGGCCCUGGACAUUCUGGAGAAGCGCAUCGACGCCCUGACGCGAGUCCUGGGCCCCGUGCAGGACUCGGAGGCGGGGGAGGGCGUGGUGGACGCCCUAUGCUCGGCACACGCCCUUUUGGGCGAAGCCACAACGGGAAGUGUUCCACUGCAGCAGUGUGUGAAGAGAUCCGGCGAACUGGAGAAGUACCUGGACCCUAACUUCCUCGAGGAGCAGCAACAGGUGCGCUCCAAGGAGGUAUACCUGCACGCCGUGGCCCCCGAGCUGCACACCCAGGCCGAGCAGCUGGACAGGAUCAGGCAGUUGGAACCCGCUCUGGGUGCGGAGUACUUCCGCAGCAUUCCCGCCGAGUGCCUGGAUCAGCUCAAGGGCAUCACCCAGAACAAUGGGGAGUACGCCCAGCAGAGCGAACUCAUCGAGGAAAGCCUGGUUCUGGCCAUGAAGCGGUACGGUGAGAUCCAGGCUGGAUUACUCAGCUCCCUGGAUGCUAUGAGCGAACGGUUGGACCAGGUGGAGGAGCGCAUGGAGCAGAGAAAGCGGGCGGAGCUUAGCAAGGAUGUUCCGCCUAAGGAUUGAGUGCCUAUAGCUCCAAAGACUGCUGAAAGUAUUUUAUACGACCCUGUUUCCAAAUCCUUUUCUAGUCAAUUUUGCUUAUGGAUUCAGUUCUCCAAAAAAGACUCGGAUCUUUUUCCAGUAAACUUGAUUUUACUCAGCAAACUGUUUUAUUCAAAACUGAACUUGCAGAGAUUUAUAAGCAAAUUGAUUGGAAUUGUAAAUGGAAUCCGGGAUUUUAGAUUUCCUAACCACUCUUUAGCGAAAAGUGGCUAAUGAUGCUCUUUCAAUUGUAAGUCCCCCUUUUAAGAAAUAUUUAAUAGCACAAUAAACAAAAUAAUAAAAUAAAACUGGCAUCUAAUACAAAUGCUUCUAUUUAAAGAAGAA